AUGGUGAGAUGCUUACUGCUUUCUCUUCCGCUAAGUUUGAGAACAUUCAGGACUACCUCAAGCUCCAGUACCGUUCCUACAUCGGAGACACCUCAUUAUUCAAGAUUUUUAAAACUGCCCGCACCGGCUGACCUCGUAGAGGCUGCACCUCCCACUCUCAAGCCUUAUUUGCAGUUGAUGCGCCUUCAUACUCCGACUGGAUCAUGGUUACUGUAUUGGCCAUGCACUUGGUCUAUCGCGUUGGCUACCCCUGCAGGUCAACUACCUUCACUUUAUUAUCUUCUCUUAUUUGGAGCCGGGUCUGUUUUGAUGCGCGGUGCCGGAUGUGUUGUGAAUGACAUUUUAGACAAAGAAUAUGAUAAACGGGUGGAACGUACAAAAAUGCGUCCUCUAGCUUGCGGGACUUUGAACCAACGGCAAGCUAUCUCAUUCCUGGCCGUUCUUCUAUCUUCUUCUCUUGCUAUAUUGUUGCAGUUCAACUGGUUCAGCGUUGCUGUGGGUGCCUCAUCCUUGAUUGCUAUAGUAAUAUACCCAUUGGCGAAGCGUUACACUUACUGGCCACAGUUCGUUCUUGGAGCCACGCUCAAUUGGGGUGUUUUGAUUGCGUGGGCUGAGAUGUUGCCCAUGGACCAAUUUUAUACUGUACUGCCGCUCUACUGCUCCACCAUUCUCCAUACUGUUAUAUACGACACCAUAUAUAGUCACCAGUUAGAACACCCAUAUUACCCAUACCUCGCGAUCCUUUCAUAUCCAGCUCCUCGGGCUGCAGUUCAGAAUUCAGUGCUAGACAAUUUCCGUUGUGUAGAUGCGACAAUACCUCUUGAACCUGUAUCGAUUCACUUGUUUCGGCAAUCUACCUCUUAUUUUUUGCUAGUCGUAAACAGUUUGAUGGUCAUUUCCCCAAACCCUUUUCCUGAACCAUUUCUGGCAGUGUAUUUUUCGCGUCAUCACGAAAGCGAAUUUACCACUGUUUGCCUAGUCCCGUCAUAG